CCGUGCUUGUUAUCGUUUGACUUCAUUUGGUGUUUAUUUUACCACAAUAAUAUUAAAUCGUACUUUUUUUCAAAUCAAUCAGUUAUUUUCACGGCUAAACUUUUCGGCACUUCGUCUACUUACUGAACUCAUUAUGCCGUUUACUCUAGAACAAGAUGCCUUUAUUUUAAUGGCAUUUUUUCGAAGCGGAACUCGAAAUGAAGACGGGUCAUGGACAUAUUCUUUACAGUCCUGCAUUGAACAAUUUAGGAAAAAAUUUCCAGAUGCAAACGUCGACUAUGACACUUUCUUAAGGCGAAAAUGUGUUAUUCUCAAAAGAUUUAAAACCAAACAGUGCGUUUGCGGAGGUAAAUCUACGGACAGAAAAAUUGUACCUAAAAAAAAUGAUGAUAAAAUCACAAAGUUGGAGCAUAACGAUACGUUUAUUAAAAAGGAAAUCGAUGAAACAGAAUUAGGUGAACAGAGAAUGGAGGUGGAGGAUUCGAAUAUAAUUAAAACGGAGGCAGAAAUGGAAGAUAUGCUGGUUGAAACUGAGAAAGUUUACAUAAAAACUGAAGGAAAUGUUUGUGAAAGUGAAUCGUCUUCAUAUAGUAAAACUAUUGAUGACAAAGACAAGAGCACACACGAAGAUAAGGGAGGCAUAAAGAGUGAAUCUAUGAUUAAAUGUGAAAUAGAUGAAGUUCAAACCAGCACCCUCGACGAGUUACCAACAUAAAUAGUGAAUUUGAAAAUGAGUUUAACGAAGGAAUAAAAUGUGUAGCCCUAGGACUACACACACUAGGUGUAGAUUGUAAGAAAAAUUUGUAACAUUCAUUUAAACAAGGCAGCUUCUAAGUUACGAAUGCACAAAUACAAUAUAUGUGAUUAUGGAACCAAAUUUAAGGGUCAUUUAAAUGUCGCUAGUAUGUACACGUACUUCAGACAUUGAAGUGUAUAAAUGUAAAAAUUGUGUUUUUGAAACUAGUUAAAACGUCACGUGCUGAAGCACCAAGAUCCCUCAAGAGUGAAAAUGUACAAAUGUGAUAAGUGAAUUUUCCAGACAACAAAAACUCUGUAGUAAUGUAAUCGUGCAAGUAAUUGUAAAUAAUUUCUUAGUGUUAAACCAAUAUAUGUAAUUAAUUUGUAUGUUAUAAGGACAAAUUUUAAUAUUAUUUUAUAAUCUUCCUAACUGUUAUACAUGGUGUCUAAGAAAACUUUGUAAAUUAUAACUCGCUAGGAAUUGACGAUUGUCAAUUCUUUUGUUAAUGGAAUGAUUAAUUUUUUCACUAUAUCUGAUAAAGAAUUUUUCCCUGAAUUCAAUAAUACAUAUACACAUCAAUUUGAUAUUUUGUGUUGUCAAAAGUUAUAUUUUGUUUUUUUUAAUCAUCAAAAAUUGCACAGUUAAAGCUUGCAGAAUGUUUUUAGGACACUAGAACUAUCUUCAACUUAAAUAAAAAAUAUAAACCCUUCACAUACAAAUUACGGGGUCUUGAUUUUCAAAAUAGUUGUACUUUUUUGUAAAAUUAAUUAAUAUUUCAUUCAAAUUUGGCCAAGUAUUUUGGAGAG